GUCCAGCUUGUUUUAAGUUAUUUAGAUUGUUUUGUAUGCAUAUCUCCCUUGUUUAACCACAGUAUGUGGAGAAGAGGCGUGCGUAUAAAUACGAAAACAAAAUUUCAUCAUUCACUUUUUCUAACGUUUGCUGUCAAGUAAGAAAUCUAUCUCGAUAAACUGAGAUAACUGUUAGAGAAAGCUCACACUCGUAUAUUUAUCCAGCUUCGCGCUCUAUAAUUCCAGGCUGUAUAGGCAAAACAGUUGCUCAUCAAGAUGAAACCGUUAUUUCUUUUGUUUCUCGCAUCAGUUAUCACCAGCUGCUUACAAGUUGUGAGGACGCUGAAGAACUUGCAAGAAUCUGAAUGGAUCGAAGAUGAUGAAAAACGACUUGUGAACUAUAUUUUUAAAGGAUACAACAAGAUCGCACGGCCUGUCAUCGUAAAGACCGAGGCAGUUCCCGUCGAAGUGGGAAUUGGAUUAAUAAAACUAAGUGAUCUGAUCGAAAAAGAUCAAAUUCUUGUCAGUCAUGUCUGGCUUCGCUUGCGAUGGAUGAACGAUUUUAUGAAGUGGAAUUCUUCUGAUUUCGGAGGCAUAAAGUCGAUUAACGUCGACCCAGAUAUGGUUUGGCUUCCUGAUAUUGAACUAUAUAAUAGUGCAAAAGGUCAUAUACUAGACAACUUUAAGAAAAAGAUCGUCAUCAAUGACAAUGGUUGGCACGUUUGGAAUAAUCCUGUCCUUAUACGGAGUUUUUGUCCAGUCAACAUCGAGUACUUCCCUUUCGAUGAGCAACAAUGUACAUUACGUUUUGGAGCAUGGACCUAUGAUAGCUUUUAUAUUGAUUUUUUUAUAAGAGACGACAAAACAGAUUUGUAUAGAUAUGAACCCAGUGGCGAGUUUGAUCUGGUGUCAUUUAAGGCGGACAGAGAAAUUUUAAAAUUCGAAUGUUGUAAAGAACCGUACGUCAACUUAGUGUUCAACAUUCAUUUUCGUCGCAAAAGAUUAUUCUACUUCAACAAUCUCAUUGUGCCUUGCAUCUUGAUAACUUUCGCUUCACUUUUAACCUUCAUCCUUCCGCCGAACACCGGGGAACGAGUGACGCUCGUUAUUACGACGUUGCUGUCACAGACUGUAUUUAUGCUAAUGGUUGCCGAGAAUACACCGACUAAUUCCGACGUGACACCAAUGAUUGCUAAGUUCUUUAUGGCGUCUAUGACACAGAUUGGCCUGGCACUAGUGAUCACGUGUCUUAUACUUAAUGUGUAUCAUUCUACUCGUCAUUCGCUCUCACUACCUCAUUUCAUACGAGUUCUUGCUAUUGACAUACUUGCUCCAUUGCUGUUUAUCACGACACCAAACAAGAAAAAAACUUCUAAAGUAUUGAUGUCGCGUCGUCCAUCACGGGAAACUGGGCAAGAGAGUUUUUUGUGUACACAGACAAUGCGCGAGUCAAAUCAACGUGAUCAUCAAACUAUGAGCGGACAUGGCGUUGAUGACGUCAUACGUCACGAGCGAACCACAGAUGAAGACCUGGAAAAUUUGGAAUCUGAAAACGAGCAUCGCGAUCAGAAGAAGUUGCUUAGCAACAUUAAGUAUCUUGCCGACAGGGAAUUUGAACGUGAGAAACAAGAGUUUGUUUUGGAUGAGUGGGAAAUUGUUGCAAAGGUUGCCGACAGGACAUUUUUAAUCUUGCUUAUCAUUACUAUCGUAUUCACGUCGUCUAUGAUUUUUAUUAACGUGCCGAAGCAUUUAAAUGAAGCAAAUUAAUGGAAAUGUUGUGUUGAUGGAUACGGGAUACUAUAGAUUUAGCUUUGUUUUCUUUUUGGUUAGAAAGACGGGAAAAUUUAAGGUUAAUAUUCCAGUGGACCAUUAAUGUUGCGUGUAAAACAACAUGAAUUAUUACUGAUGUGUUAUCUAAAUAAAAAAGUUGUUCACCGAUGUACAAUGAUGCACAACUAUAUUCAAUGAUGUUCAAUGGUGCUCAAUAAUGUCCAGUGGUUCUCAAUGAUGCUCACAACUGUUCAUCUAUGCUCAAUGGUGUUGGAAAAUGUUCAAUGAUGCACAACUGUUUUCAAUGAUGUUCAAUGGUGCUCGAUAAUGUCCAGUGGUUCUCAAUGAUGCUCACAAAUGUUCAUCGAUGUUCAAUGGUGUUGGAAAAUGAGGAUGUUUAAUGAGGAUCUACAAUCUGAUGUACAAUGCAACUUUGCGGUUAAAAAUAAUCCUUUCUUGACCAAGAACAUCAUGGAAAGAGAGAAAGAGGUUUUGAAACUGGUAUUCAGUUUUUGCCAUGAUCUAUCAAUUUUUAUGGUGCUAAUGAAUAUGUGGUUGUGAGAAAAAAUCAGUGGGAAAAUUACUGGACAGCAUAAACUCGCAGGAAGCUUGCAGGUAGAUUUUUUGAACGAAUAGAAAAGACAUAAACUACGCAUUGAUGCUUUGAAAACGUCGUGUAAGCUUGAAGAAGGACUUUGCUGGCGAGGUGUUGCUAUCUUAAAACUAAAUAUUGCCUUCUGUUGAUUGACGCUUUUAUUGACUGUUUGACGUCACAUAGUCUACAACUUUGGUUUAAAGCCAAAAUCUAAAUUGAAUCUACUUGUCAAAGCCAUAUUAGUCAUAUUUUAGCUGAGGUAUUUUCGGAAUUGGGUUUGGAGAUUGUAAUCUAAUACGCUUUCGACCCUAUAUAUCUAAUUAAAUUUUUGUGUUCAA